CUCCUCCUCCUGACGUCACGCGUCUUUUGCGUCAGGGCGUGGCGAAGGUCCCGCUCCCCGGCCGGUUCCCGCGGGGCUGCCGCUGUCAGAGCAGUUUGCCGAGAGCGGGAGCUGCUUCGUGCGCGGGGCCGGGCUGGGCUGCAGGACGCGCGCGCGCGUGCGCGUGCACGGGAGCGCGCGCGAUUCGGGGCAUCCUUUCGCCGCCAUGAAGCCCCGGCGGGUGAGUGCGGAGUCAGCUGGGCUCGGGGGUAGGAGUGCCUAGUGGUUAGAGGAGGAGGAGGGCGAGAUGGGGACCCGGGCCGGGCCUUCCUCCUCCUCCUGCAGGUGGCUGCUGCCUGCUGACCUCGGGCAAGGGUAAGGCCAAGGCCCUUCCGGACCGCUCGCUGCAAGGCGGGGCUCCCUUGCUUCCCUGCCGCCUUCCUCUCGCGGUCUCGCCUCCUUCUUGCUGGAGGUGUUUUUCUUUGCCAUUGUUGGGGAGGAGAGGUCGGGAUCCUGUUUUGCUUGGGAAGGCGCAGGGGCAGGGCUGGUGAAAUAAUAAUAAUAAUAGUACUACUACUACUAAUAAUAAUAAUAGUUUUGCUUUGAAAGGCACAGGGGCAGAGCUGGCAAAGUAAUAAUAGGAAUAAUAAUAAUAAUAAUUAAUAAUAAUAAUGUUUUGCUUUGAAAGGUGCAGGGGCAGAGCUGGCAAAAUAAUAAUAAUAAUAAUAAUAAUAAUAAUGUUUUGCUUUGAAAGGCACAGGGGCAGAGCUGGCAUAAUAAUAAUGAUAAUAAUAAUGUUUUGCUUUGAAAGGUGCAGGGGCAGAGCUGGCAAAAUAAUAAUAAUAGUAAUAAUAAUAAUUAAUAAUAAUGUUUUGCUUUGAAAGGCACAGGGGCAGAGCUGGCAUCAUAAUAAUAGUAAUAAUAAUAAUAAUGUUUCGUUUUGAAAGGCACGGGGCAGAGCUGGCAUAAUAAUAAUAAUAAUAAUUAAUAAUAAUGUUUUGCUUUGAAAGCUGCAGGGGCAGGGCUGGUGAAAUAAUAAUAAUAAUAAUAAUAAUAAUAAUGUUUCAUUUUGAAAGGCACAGGGUAGAGCUGGCAAAAUAAUACAGUGGUACCUCGGGUUACAAAUGCUUCAGGUUACAGACGCUUCAGGUUACAGACUCCGCUAACCCAGAAAUAGUACCUCGGCUUAAGAACUUUGCUUCAGGAUGAGAACAGAAAUCGUGUUCUGGUGGCGCGGCGGCAGCAGGAGGCCCCGUUAGCUAAAGUGGUGCUUCAGGUUAAGAACACUUUCAAGUUAAGAACGGACCUCCGGAACAAAUUAAGUACAUAACCAGAGAUACCACUGUAAUAAUAAUAAUAAUGUUUUGCUUUGAAAGGCACAGGGGCAGGGCUGGUGAAAUACUACUACGACUACUACUACUAUUACUACUACUAAUAAUAAUAGGAGGCAGCGCUGCCUCAAAAGUGUGGGAACACCCCCACCCAAAACCCCCCACAUAUUUUCGUGCACAAAGGAGGCUCGUUCCAUAAGGGACAUUUCCUUUAUUUGUUAUGGUAGGCGUGUGUUAGCAAUACAUAUAAUACAUUUGUGGGGAGGGAACCUCAAAGAGAAAUAUUUUGAUUCCCAAAGGAAUUUGAAGAGGAUUUCCUUCCUGCCAACUUGCAGGGCUAAGGCUGCUUGGUAGGCAUGAAGAAGCUGGCAAAAGAACUUUGGUUGAGGGUGUGGGGUGCAGGGAGGGGAGGAGAAACAGAAUAUAUAUAUGCACGUGAAUGGAGGAUUUUCAAUACAAUGACUAACCUGUACUAACAGUCGCUUUUCAUCAGGUGAGUCAUAAGGUCCAGACAUGCAAAAUCUUAUAUACGCCUCUGUUAUACCCAGUUGCAAUUUAAUGUAUUCCUGUUAUGUUUUAUGAUUUCCCUGCUAUUUUAAGUGAGCCGGAACUGGUCUGUGACCGUAAUAAUAAAAAAUUCAAUUCAAUUCAACACCAGCACAGAGGGCAUUGGCUUUCCACACCAGGGCUAAAAAGGAUCGCAAACUCUAAUCUUUCCACAAAAGCAGUUGGUCAGAUUUUUCUGCCCUCCUCACAGCAGCUCAGUUCUUCACAAACCAGCCAGACUGUGUGCACAGUUUAAAGCACAUUCCCCCUCCCCCCAAAAUAAUUCUGGGCACUGUAGUUUGUAGCGGGUUGCUGAGAAUUGUAACUCUGUGAAGAGUAAACUACAGGUCCCAGAAUUCUUUGAGGGAAAGGAUGUGCUUUAAAGGUCUAGGGUAUAUGCAGCCUCAUCACCAAAGGAUGAAAAGAGGGGUUUGGAGCAAAACGGCUGGGUUCCUUCCCCAUUUCAGAAGUGGAAAGAGGGGAAAGAGAAAGAGAACACCUGUAGGACCACUUGUCAGGAGGAGGGCAGAGCCUGGGCCAGUUCACUCCAGCGGAGAUCCCUCUGUGGGCCAGAUUAUGUGCGCCUGCAAUUUCUGCAUCUGCGUAGACGCGAUUUCCGGUGCCACGGAAGCAAGUCCCUGUGCCGUGCUGCGCCACUUUAGCGCAGCGCGCGGGGGCUCACUGAGCAGGCAGCUUGGUUCAGGAGCAGCUCGUGGGCUGGUUAAACAACCCCUGGGGGCCUCUAGUGGCCCCUGGACCUUUGGUUGCCGACCCCUGGGCUGGGGAAUGGAGAAGGAAUCUGUGGCACCUGAACGCUGCUGCAAGGAAAUAGGAACUUAACAGACGGAGGAAAAUCAAGUGGAAGUUUUAAAAUACUGGCUGCUGCUCCUGUUCAGUCAACCAGGAACGUGCUUGGGUGGCAAGAUUUAAGACGCACCAGCAGCAGUUUCCUGCAACUUGUGUCCUGAUGCACAGAAAAUGAAAUAUAUUUAUCACAUGAUUGGUGGCAAUAGUGAUCUGCUUAGUCUGAGAAUAUAUGAGGAAUGACUCAGUUGGCAGAGCAUGAGCCUCUUCAUCUCAGGGCCAUGGAUUUGAGCCCCACAUUGGGUGAAGAUUCCUGCAUUGCAAGGGGUUGGACUACAUGACCGUCAUGGUCCCUGCAAGUCUGUGAUUCUGCAAUGCAGAUUUGUUAUGGACUGUUACAGUUUAAACAUCGAAAAAGAAUGAGUAAUGGAUUUGGCGGAGCUGCUUAAAAGGAAAAUGCUGUAGGUUUAAAUAAAAACGGCGAAACAUUGGAGCUUUUCCUGGCUAGGCCCCAACUCUUUUAACCAGAUGCAAAUACUUGGUUGCUAUGUGGGUAGACUCUUGUAGAUGAGAAAAAUUCCUCAGAUAGUAAACGAACUUUGCGCCGGUUGCUGGAAAUAUAUAAAUGUAGCCGCCAGCUGAACCACCUUGGGGGUACAGUUCUGUAAGUGGGGUGUCGCUGGGGGGGAAGGCCCUCUCUCUGGUUUCUAACCACUUCAUCUCAGUUGACAGAAGGGCAUCUCCAGAUGAUUAUAAUGCAAGGACAGAUUGAUGUGGAAGCAGAGAUUCUUCCAGGUACCCAAGCCUCAAGUUAUGUCGCAUUGGAUAAUCUUGUUACUAGCCUGUGCAAUAGAGUAGAGCAGCUUGGACCAGCCAUUUCUCUCUUUCCCAAUUGCCACUCCAGAUACUGCCCAAAAAGUACACAAACAUUCCCAGUUCUUCUCUUUUUAACAUGCCCUUUAAGACCCUGCCUUCUUUGUGAAAGUGAUUAUUUGGAGAAAGUUGUUUACCCAGAGCUCUGCAAGAAGAAAGUAAGAAAAUGAAACUGUUUGGGAACUAUGGUGAAACUUGGAAGCAAUUUAUCUGUUUGCUGAGCUGAGUGAAGUGCGAGUAGAUAAAAGAAGAUAGCAAGCAGUAAGAAAGGGAACUAGGCUUGCAGGGUUCUGUUUCUCUUUUUGAAGAGAAUGGUUUGCAUUAUACAUGUUUUCUGUUCAUGGAAGACUUAACUUUUCUUCCCAGUUACCUUCUGUAAUUAAAUGCACUAUGAAUUUUAUGAUAAUGGUCCCUGCCAUAGAAACCUGAAAUUAACUUUGCGUGGACCUAAGAUAGUGGUUUGUGAAAUGCAAUAAUUAAAUUGCAUCCUAAAAAAUCCAGACAUGGGGUGUCAGUUGAGAUGGGAUGAGGUGAAGAUUGCAUAAGCUGAUCAGACUACUAAAAAUUACUGUAAACUUUUCUUUGCUGCCUUCAAUAUAAAUAUUUUCAGGGUGGUUCAUACUAUUACGGGAAAAAUAGUUGGCCCAGACAUGUCCAUAUAUGUGUGUGGGGGGGUGAGUUUUCAAAUUUAAACAAAUCCAUCCAAAUUAUUUAAAUUCAAUACAUUUUCCCAAAAAGUAAUUACUGUAUUUUUCGCUCUAUAAGACGCACCAGACCACAAGACGCACCUAGUUUUUGGAGGAGGAAAACAAGAAAAAAAAUAUUCUGAAUCUCAGAAGCCAGAACAGCAAGAGGGAUCGCUGCGCAGUGAAAGCAGCAAUCCCUCUUGCUGUUCUGGCUUCUCUGAUAGACACACAGCCUGCAUUUGCUCCAUAAGACGCACACACAUUUCCCCUUACUUUUUAGGAGGGAAAAAGGGAGUCUUAUAGAGCAAAAAAUAUGGUAGGUUUCCCACUCCCGUUGCAAGCGUAUGUCCAUUAAAAUUCCUGAUUUUACCGCUUCAUUCUUCUUCUUUGAUCACCUUCUCAACCUUCUGUUAGUUUUAAUCCAUUUUCAUAGCCAGCCGAUUUUGGCUCAGACAUGUCCUCAAUGCUUUUAAAGCCAGAUGUUCCCCUUUUACUCAGUGUUUAGGGUAGUUUGAGUCUUUCGGGGGGGGGGGGGAUGCGUAGCAAAGUACAUAAAACUAAGCCGAGUUACGUACAGCUUUGUUCACUCUUUUUGUAGGAGAAGAGAAGUCAACUGUGAAGACAGAACAAUCAGCAUGAUGGAUUCAAAAGACCUUGUCCUGAACAAAUCCAAGGCAGAUCAAGUCGGCCACCGCAUUGUAAAAGUUAGCUCAGGCAAACAUUACUUCUGUGGUUAUUGUGCAGCCAUCACAAAUGUCGCAGUCACCUUCCCUGUCCAGAAAGUCCUCUUUCGGCAGCAGUUGUAUGGCGUACGAACCAGAGAUGCGGUACGUCAGCUGCAGAAAGACGGGCUCAGGAAUCUGUACCGUGGGAUCCUUCCUCCGCUCAUGCAGAAGAGCACAACCCUGGCAAUCAUGUUUGGCCUGUAUGAGGACCUGUCUUCCGUACUCCUGAGGCACAUGAGCGCGCCUGAAAUUUUGACCCGCAGCUUGGCAGCCGUGCUCGCUGGGACCACGGAAGCGGUCCUGACCCCCUUUGAGCGCGUUCAGACACUUCUGCAGGACUACAAACAUCACGACAAAUUUACAAACACUUACCAGGCGUUCAGAGUUCUCCGAGACCAUGGGGCCAGGGAAUAUUACCGGGGGUUAGUGCCAAUCCUCCUCCGGAACGGCCCGAGCAAUGCUCUCUUCUUCGGUCUCAGAGGACCUAUCAAGCAGUGUUUGCCUGAAGCCACAACAUACAGUACUCACUUGAUCAAUGAUUUUAUUUGUGGAGGUCUGUUGGGUGCUAUGCUGGGGUUCCUCUUUUUCCCACUGAAUGUAGUAAAAGCUCGCAUGCAGUCACAAAUCGGCGGGGAAUUCCAGUCUUUUUCCAAGGUUUUCAUGAAGAUUUGGCUGGAGCGUGACAGGAAACUGACGCACCUCUUCCGAGGCGCCCAUCUAAAUUAUCACCGGUCUCUGAUUUCUUGGGGAAUAAUCAAUGCGACAUAUGAAUUCUUGCUCAAAUUAUUGUGAAAAGUGCUUGUGGAGUUCAUUUUCUCGGUUGGGCGCCGGACAAACACAGAACUCUCAAUUUCCAGGGAGAAAUCAAACACACUAAUAACACUGAACUCCAGCAUAAUAGUUAAUCCGUAGGUAAAGAUGCCAGUUUUAAACAGUGCCUACUUAGCUCAAAAAAUAAUUGUAUUCAGUCAUAUUAAUGGCCUUUCAAUCUGUGGGUGCGAGUGAACUGAACGGCUAGAACAAUUGUUUGAAAAGUUUCCUCGGAUAUGCCUGAAGAUGGAUUCAUUUGCUCCAGAUCACCGUCAACUAUUCUCACACUCCUGGUGAUCCAAAGAAUGCACUUUGAAGAAAUGUAUAAAUGGGCAGAAGACUGAUAUUUAAUUUGUCGCUUGGCCCUUUCGGAACAAACAGUGGCAUGCUGUGAUAAACUCCCAAGAUGUCUCAAGUCUCCCCUUCCCCACUUUUUAAAAAAUUACUAUUCCUUGAGCAGAGACUGCCAAAUUUUGAAGAGAAAUCCUUCCCCCCAAACCUUAAGGUUCUGUAAAAGUUGUCAAAUAGCUUUUGCUAGACUGUUGGUGCAAAUGACACCUUGUCGAGAUUUCGUAUUAAAUUUCAGAAACUGAAUUCACUGUAAGCUCAGUGGUGGGAGUAUCUGUUUAAAAAUAAAUAGGUGUGCGUUGCUGGAAAAGUGAGGAAAGCUUUUAAGUGCCCUUCAUGUUACACUGCCACCUGACUUGUCAAUGUGGUCUUUUGUGUGGCUCUUCAUACUACUAAGUUUUGUUGCGAGUGAAUAUACUUCUCCAAAGGGUUGCUUUAGGAAGGAUGGUGCGAAUGACAAUUGGUGCAAUCCAACCAAAAUUAUGCAUUUCCCCCAUUGAAUUCUCUCCUCCCCCCCAGUGAUAUUUAAACUGCUUUAGCUUUUUCGGUGCGUUGUGGUCUAUUUGUUAAUACUUUCUACAAUUCUGGCAUAGCUAAUUGGUAUUUGGAUCUGAAAUGUUAUGUGCUGUCACCUAAACUUUGAAUGCUCUAGUUAAGCAAGGCUUUGUGUGCUUGAAUGAAAAUGACUUACCCAGGUAUUGCAAUUUUCAGGCUAUUUCACUGUGGUUGAAAAAGGAAUUUAAAUAGCUCCUUUCACACGCUGCUCAGGCUUGUUUUAUGUUGUGAAUGUGCCUCAUGCACGCCCCCCCACCUGUAUCUCAUUCAGUAUAGAAUCAAUACAGGUAGGUCCAGUUCAUGAGAUCCGUCCACUCACUUUACAACAGAGAAGUUGUUGACUCAGGCCUUGCAAAUAUAUAUAUAUAUGAAACUCGCAUCAAGCGUGCGAACUGGCCCAUAGUUCGGUACGAAAGACCAUGCAUGUAUGUAAAAAGGACAUAAGCUUCUGCAAGCUGAUUUUCUGUGUUUAUUCAAUCAUGCUAAUAAACAUUUCUCUGCGCAUUGGAAUUCAGGUAAAAAGCAAAAGAUGACCAGAAGCAACCUAAGAGGUUUCAAGUCAGAGAGGAAAGCAUGUCUGAAUACCAAAAUAAUGCUCUUAAUGGGGUGGGGGAGGGUGAAAUUAUUUUGUAUAGUUUUUUUUUUUAAAUGCAAAUAGGAGUUAAUAUUUUCCUUAUUUGUGGUACACAGGAAAGCUUUCCCUAGCUGAAUUGAUAAUCCUCCAAGAGUUAUCCUCAGAGUGAGGUUUUUUUUUUAAGUGGAACUAAUAUCUCACUAUUGAGAUGGUGUGGUGUUUUUUGUUUUUUACUUUAUGUUGCCUGUUGUCAACCCGAAAAUUGCCCUUCAACAGCAGUUUGUGAAUCUAUUUAUCCUAUUUCUUGAUUCUUGUACUGUACCAGUGUAUGCUGUUUAGCCUCACAGAUUGCCAAGCACAAAAUGAAAGAAUGUUUGAUAUUUUGAAUGUUGUGAUUAUCUGCAUUUAAAUAAAAUGUCUGUUGGAAUGUUUAGCUGGUAAAAUCUGAUUUUACCAGUGUGUUUUUUAUUUUUUGAUAUCUUUCCCUUGAUGGAAUAAACAAACAUGAAUUUAUUUGCUGCAAUGAAGUAGACUAGCAUUUUUCAAACAUUAUCUUACAAGUUUAGUCCAUGUGAGAUUAGAAGUAUAUUGAACACUUGAAAAAGAAAGGCAAUGAAGAAUAUUGUUCUUGUUCUCAGACUUCCCUUUUUUCUUCUCAAUUUAUAUUGCAUUGUUAGAAAAUAAUUGCAUAAAUAGCAUAAUGUCCACAAGUGAGUUUUGGGAUGCGGAAUUCUUUAUAACAACAUGGCAGAGUAGAGACUAUACUACCAUAUUUAGGAUUACAGUCACAGGAAACAUUCUCAGUAAUAAUAGCCAUAGCCAUCAGCUGGGUAAUAACACAAGAGUUAGGUACCACCAUGGUAAUUGUCUGCCUCUUGCCCAGUUCAUGGGGUUCAAAUCUCACUACAGCCUCGCUGAAGUUAGAACAAAGCCCUCGCUCAACAAGACCUUGGCUACAUUCAGCAGGAAGGUUGGUAGUACAAUAGCUUUGUAAACAAGCAUUUUGGUUUCCCUGUGAAUGUCCUGGUCCUCAAACACUGCACUUCAAUCAGGAGAAAGCUGCACUCACAGAGCUCAGGCGAUGCUGGAUUUCGUCUUCCAAAGCAACUACUCUAUUCCGAACUUUAAAAUAAGUAAGCAUAAUGCUGGUGGUCAACAAAAGAUGUUCAAAGACUCUCAAGGCAAAUAUACAAAAAUGUAGUAUUAACACCAACAAGAGAGAACCGCUGGCCUGCGAGGGCUCCAAUUAGAGAACAGCCUUUACGAAAGGUGUUGUGGGCUUUGAAGAUGCUCAAACUCAGGAUGAAAGGGAGAAAGGUGCUAAGAGGAAGGCACGCUUGGCAAAUCCACAUCGUGAUCAACUCCUGCUGGAAACAUCCCCACUGUGGAAGGAUGUGUGGAUCCAGAAGUUGCCUCCACAGUCACGGACCCAUUUUUAAAACCUUAUAUGUAAGACAAUCUUACUCGGCUACGGACGAUUGCCAGAGAAGAAAGAAGACAUUCAGCAAAACAGAUGCAUCCAUUUUAUUCUGGUUUCCCAAAGCUACCUGUGAUUAUGGACAUUGAUAUCAGUCCCAUGCUGUGGCUGCUGCAAGUUCCAAAACUAUAUGAUGAGACUCUGGAUCUUCUUCUGCUGAGUCUGAUGGCAUCAAGGUCUGGCUAGGCAUUAGUGAUCUUAUCCAAAAAGAAGGCCACAAACCUAUCACGGCAGGUCACUGAGGUUCUAAGCCUUCUAAUUGUGGAAACUGGUUGUUUCAGUACUUGGAAAAGCUCCACUCUGGAGAAUGCAGAGAUCUAUUUGCUGCCAUCAAAACCAUGGAAUGGGUAUUUAGGUGAAGCUUAGAGUUUACUUAGGGACGCGGGUGGUGCUGUGGGUUAAACCACAGAGCCUAGGACUUGCCGAUCAGAAGGUCGGCGGUUCAUGAAGUUUACGGCAUGUAAUGCCUUAAGAGAGAAUAUUAUGAAAAUGAUAUACAGGUGGUACAUGACCCCAGUCAAGCUUGCAAAAAUCUAUCAUUUGCCCAAUAAUAAAUGUUGGAAAUGUAAAGAAACUGAAGGGACAUUCUUUCACCUUUGGUGGACGUGCCCAAGGAUUAAGGCUUUCUGGGAGAUAAUUUAUAAUGAAAUAAAAAAGGUAUUUAAAUAUACCUUUCUGAAGAAACCAGAGGCCUUUCUUCUGGGCAUUGUCGGCCAAUUGGUGCCAAAGAAGGACAGAACUUUUUUUAUGUAUGCUACAACAGCAGCAAGAAUACUCAUUGCAAAGUAUUGGAAGACACAAGAUCUACCCACUCUGGAAGAAUGGCAGAUGAAGGUGAUUGACUACAUGGAAUUGGCAGAAAUGACUGGCAGAAUCCGAGACCAGGGAGAAGAGUUGGUGAAAGAAGAUUGGAAGAAAUUUAAAGACUAUUUACAGAAAUAUUGUAAAAUUAAGGAAUCUUAGAAGGAUGUUGGAUAGAAACUAAGUGGUUUCCAGCUGUAAUGCUUAAAGAGAUACGAAAAAAGGUUUACAAUUGGGUAAAAGCUUAAUGGUAAGGAUUUGCUGAACUAACAAACUGAACUGGAAUACAAAAAAGGGAGGUAUGAGGAGGUCCGGUGAAAUAAGUGUAAGGAAGAUAGGUUAUGGAAAAUUAACGUGUUUUUUAACUGUUUUUAUUUUGUAUGUUUUUUUUUAUAUUUCAUUUUUUUGUUAUAUCUUAAAAACUUUAUUCUUUUUUCUGUAUUUUGUAUUUUCUUGUAUUUUUACUUUUUGUUUUUGUGUAAUUUUUGUAUUCUUUGAAACUUUAAUAAAUAUCAUUUUAAAAAAAACAAAAAACAGAAGGUCGGCGGUUCAAAUCACCGCGACGGGGUGAGCUCCUGUUGCUCGGUCCCUGCUCCUGCCAACCUAGCAGUUCGAAAGCACGUCAAAGUGCAAGUAGAUAAAUAGGU